CUGGGGGUUGAAAUGUUACAUGCGCUUGCCAUUGAGAACACACACACAGUGCAGUCCCGUUAGCUGCAGAGUGUCCCUCUGCUAAAGUCGGAGUGUGAGGGGGGCGUGGUGUAGCCACGCUGUUUACAUACCACCCAGGGAGAGGAGGGGAGAGGAGAGGAGAGGAGAGAGCUGUUCACUUCGUCACUCACCAGACCAGACCAGACCAGACCAACUCGGCGUAGUUUCUUUAUUUUUGUUUGAGGGCAUUUUUCUCGACAGUAGUUUUGUUGCACCAUGGACGUGAGAGAAAGCCGGCAGCUACAAAAGCGAGAACAUCAGAUAGGUAUCCUGAAGGUCAAUGGUGAUGAGUUUGAAACAGCCUCGGACAAUAGUAUUGGUUUCUGUGGCUGGAUCCUGGUGUUGUUCUCCUUGCUCUUGAGCCUGCUUACCUUCCCUCUCUCCAUCUGGAUGUGUAUCAAGAUCGUGAAGGAGUACGAACGGGCGAUUAUUUUCAGACUUGGGCGUAUCUUGCCAGGCGGUGCCAAGGGGCCAGGUCUGUUCUUAAUCCUGCCCUGCACUGACAGUUUCAUCAAAGUGGACAUGCGCACCAUCACCUUCGACAUCCCCCCUCAGGAGGUUCUGACCAAGGAUUCGGUGACUGUGUGCGUGGACGGCGUGGUUUACUACCGCGUGCAGAAUGCCACCCUGGCCGUGGCCAACAUCACCAACGCAGACGCUGCCACGCGCCUGCUGGCACAGACCACACUGCGCAACGUCCUGGGCACCAAGAACCUGGCAGAGAUCCUGUCCGACCGCGAGGAGAUCGCUCACAACAUGCAGUCCACGCUUGACAGUGCCACAGAUGACUGGGGUAUCAAGGUGGAGCGAGUGGAGAUCAAAGACGUCAAGCUGCCCCUGCAGCUCCAGAGAGCCAUGGCAGCUGAGGCAGAGGCGUCCCGAGAGGCCAGGGCGAAGGUGAUCGCAGCGGAGGGGGAGAUGAAUGCAUCGCGGGCCCUGAAGGAGGCGUCCAUAGUGAUCUCAGAGUCCCCCUGCGCCCUGCAGCUGCGCUACCUGCAGACCCUCAACACCAUCGCUGCCGAGAAAAACUCCACCAUCAUCUUCCCCCUGCCCAUCGACAUGCUGCAAAACUUCAUGCGCCAGUGAGCGGGUGGGAGGAGGGCUGGCGAACCACAGCACGCUUCUCCUUGGUUAAUCUGCAAGCGGUUUUUGCAGGGAUCCUCUCUCUCUCCUUUUUUAUUUUUAUUUGAAAGUCAUUGCUCUCGACAGAAACCGAAGCACAAACUUCAGAUCUUAAUAAAUGCCGCUUCGAGAAACAUCGACGAAGUGAAAGGAGUUGAUCUGUGAUGGCCGUGUCUUACUACGUCACAGUGAGUCUGCAGUGGCAAUGCAGCAGUGUAACUUGCAAAAACAUUAGAGCGUAGAUUUGCACUUUCUCAAUGUCAAUGCAAACACAUGACACAUGACACAGCCCCAUUGUGCAAAUGUAUUGAAAUCAAAAAAAGUCAAACCACAGCCCCGACACAUUGCAGCUUUCAUAAAAUGUUCAAGUGCAGUCCAGCCGGACCCAAUACAGCAGCAACACUGGGCAGAAUCAUCCCACAGAUCAUUCAUUAUAAGCGCUGUAAGAUCAGAACAACGUGGAUUCAUUCCAUUAAGCCAAAUGAGAAAGAGAGAGCUCUGCCAUUAUUUUCCUAUCUUGUAUAAAUCGCAUCUUCAUGCAGUCGUGUGCCUUCUUUCUAACUGGACUAUUUUUGUACAUGUUAUUUUCUCAGAUUUAUAGUACAGUACUAAAUAUAUAGCUCCAUAUCAAGUGCAGAUGUGAUCUAUGUUUAAAAAUGUGUCAAAUGAAUCAAGGUAAAUGUUACACAGGUUGAAGGCUGGUUCAGUGAAUUUUUAAAUGGAGUUGGCUGCCUGUUCUCCAUGGCAUCCACUCUCAAACCCAGAUUGUAUCCCAGGUCCAUAGAGACUUGAAUCAAGUCCCUAGAAUUUGUGCAUGGAUCCCCCUUGUAGUGCCCUGAACCCAGCCCCUUUCACCCGGAAUGUUAUUGCAGCUUGGAUUCGGAAUGCCAAGUAUUUGGAAUGUGAGAACUAGUUAUUUUAAGCUGGAGUUCCAAAUGUAUUUAUAAAUAUCCUGAAGGUCAUUCUUCAAAAAAUAUCUGUGUAACUUUUUUUAACCCCAUUUGAAUAUGCAAUUGCCUUGCCUUCCUUUUUUUCCCCUUGCUAUUUUAAUAAUGCAUAAUGUGUUGCGCAAUAAAAACUACUCUUCCAGCCGAAUGAUAAAGAGACCAUGUUUGAAGGAGACUAAACCAUUUCUAGGAAUCUGCCUGUCCCUUCUGUCCAUGUCACCCUUACAUUUGUACAUGUAAAUGCAGUUGGUGUAGCGCAGGGUGAUUGACUUUAACAGGAUCGCCCUAGUAUAGGAUUCACAGCCGUGUCCAGGAUGUCGGGUCCUUCUUUAUACAGGGAGUCGACCAAGACCAGCAUGCUCUGCUCACGUGUGGUCUGAUCUGUAUUUAGACUCUGGGUCACAUGUCAGAGUUGGAAGGACACUGAUCUCUGAUGGGGGAAAGUUUUAAAGAGAAGUUCACCAGUGUUCCCCUCGCUCUGAUCGAUACAAUGCCAAUUCUAGGUACAGCAUUAUAAAACUAGGGUUCACAGACCAGAAUUAGGAUUAGGGGUCUAAGAGUACCGCUAACCUGCUGUCUAUGUAACACCACUACUGUACCUUUAAAAACGUGUUUGUUACCAGCAAAAUGUUUUGGUUUUUUUUAUACUGUUUUUCCUCUGCUGUAUAAAUAAAACACACACAAGAUGUCUCA